CCCGACUAAACACCUGGUUUCUACAGAGUAGCGUUUGCUGGAUUAAUCAGACUCAGCUUUUUUCGGUGCCGAACGGCUAUUUCACAUUUUUUUUUCAAUCGCCUUGUCUCUCCACUCUGUUUCCACUCUCCCGUUUAUAUAUUAUCCAAGAUGGAAUCCCAUUUGCGCAUGGAGUAUACCACGUACUUUCUCCCUUGUUUCUCCAUAUUCGUCAUCCUCAUGCGUGAGAAUGGUUGAUCUUGAGAAGGAUGGGAAAGGCCAAACUUCCUCUCUAGGAAUCGGGGGUGGAAGCGUUGUAGCUUCUUCCACCACCAUGCCUGGAGAGAAUAACGAUGUCGACGAUGCCGGCUAUGCCAACAAUGAACACUCUUAUGACAGUGGCUGGACGGCGUGGUCCCAAGUCCUAGCCUCCUUUUUCCUCUUCUUUAACACAUGGUAUGAAUAGCAUCCAUAGCUACACGACGCAGGCAAAGAACCUUAAAAGGCUAACAGUUCACAUAGGGGAAUUGUCACCGCGUUUGGUGUAUUCCAAACGUACUAUGAACAUAACCUGCUUGACCACUUAUCACCCUCAACCAUUUCCUGGAUCGGUUCUACGCAAUCUUUCUUGUUGCUCUUCUUUGGAACCAUAACCGGCUCCCUAUUUGAUGCUGGUUAUACCAAACAACUCUUGAUGGUGGGCUGGGUCUUAAUCCCACUGGGGCUCAUGAUGACAAGUAUAGCCAGUCAAUACUGGCAGAUAUUCCUCGCUCAAGCUAUUUGCAUGGGCCUCGGAUUCGGCAGCGUGUUUGUCCCCUGUGUUGCCGUUUUACCGCAGUACUUCAAGAAACGAAGAGCCAUCGCCAACGGGUUAGCUGCUACCGGUAGCGGAAUCGGCGGACUUGUCUAUCCCAUUGUAUUCCGACAGAUGCAGAAAAGUCUUGGAUUUCCAUGGACCACACGAGUGCUAGGCUUUAUUGUCUUCACUACCAUGUCCAUCUCCGUUUCCUUGUUGAAGAUGAGAUUCAAACCAGCCGAACGACGCAGCUUGGUCCAACUUUCGGCAUUCCGGGACCCGGUAUAUUCCCUUUUUUGUGUUUCGCAAUUUUGCGGUUUCCUAGGCCUAUACAAUAUGAUGGUAUACAUUCAGCCCUAUGCCAUUGAUGAAGGAAUUAUGGGCACCGAUUUAGCGUUUUACCUCCUCGCCAUACUCAACUCUGCUUCCACAUUUGGCCGGAUAAUUCCAAACUACUUUGUCGAUUUCAUUGGCCCCUUUAAUGUCAUGAUACCUAUGGCAUUCUGUUCUGGAAUCAUAGCCCUUGGCUGGAUAGGGGUUCACACCACUGGUAGUAUCAUAGCCAUCGUGAUACUAUACGGCUUCUUCUCGGGUGCCUUUGUAUCCGUCCCUCCGGUAGUUCUAAUUAGCAUAACCCCUGAUCUACGAGAUUUCGGCACACGCCUUGGAAUGGCGUUCGUGUUCAACUCUGUUGGCACCCUUGCCGGUACGCCUAUUGGAGGCGCUAUCAUCCAUGCAUCUGGGAAUCAGUAUCUGGGCGUACAGCUCCUGGCUGGAUCCUGUCUACUGAUGUCGGGGGUACUCCUUGUUAUUGCCAGGUUAGUUAAAUCUGGACCGAAAGUGUUUAUACAUGUCUAGUCAGAAGAAGACGGGCAUCAACACACUGAUUUUUCCCGUAAGAGUGGUUUUAUGCGGGUUAAUAAGCGGUUAAUCUAGCGUGGCAUGCUGGAUGAUGUUAUUCUCUAUGUAUAUUUGGAAUUUAAAAAG